AAAAGGACACUAAUGGAGAAGUUCUGUGGGUGUGGAGUUAUCCUUCCACGACAGCCUCGUUAAGGGAUCUGCUGCUCCGAAAAUGCUGCCUAACAGAUGAAAACAAACUCCUCCACCCCUUUGUCUUUGGUCAGUACAGAAGAACAUGGUUUUAUAUUACUACAGUUGAAGUUCCAGAUUCUUCAAUUUUGAAAAAGGUGACUCAUUUUUCUAUUGUUCUGACCGCCAAAGAUUUUAACCCAGAGAAAUAUGCCGCCUUCACUAGGAUAUUGUGUAGAAUAUAUCUGAAAUACGGGAGCCCAGUUAAAAUGAUGGAGAGUUACAUUGCAGUUCUUACCAAGGGGAUCUGCCAGAGUGAAGAAAAUGGCUCUUUCUUUAGCAAAGACUUUGAUAGUCGAAAGGCGUAUCUUGCAGGUUCCAUCAAAGACAUUGUGUCUCAGUUUGGAAUGGAAACUGUUAUCUUACACACAGCAUUGAUGUUGAAAAAACGAAUUGUUGUCUAUCACCCCAAAAUAGAAGCUGUCCAGGAGUUUACCAGGACUCUGCCUGCCCUGGUGUGGCAUCGACAGGAUUGGACCAUCCUGCAUUCCUACAUGCACCUCCAUGCUGAAGAACUGGAAGGCCUGCAGAUGUGCACAGGAUACAUUGCUGGCUUUGUAGAAUUGGAGGUAAGCAACAGACCAGACCUCUACGAUGUGUUUGUGAAUCUGGCAGAUAGUGAGAUCACCAUCGCUCCACUUGCAAAAGAGACCAUGACAAUGGGCAAACUACAUAAAGAAAUUGGUCAGCUAAUUGUGCAAUCUGCAGAAGACCCAGAGAAGUCAGAAAGCCAGGUUAUACAGGACAUUGCCCUAAAAACAAAAGAAAUCUUCACCAAUCUAGCACCAUUUUCAGAAGUGUCAGGUGAUGGAGGAAAGAUCAUCCUCAGUGUUGAGGCACUGAAGCAAAAGCGAUUCCCGCCUGCAACAGAGAACUUCCUUUACCAUCUAGCAGCAGCCACACAGAUGCUGAAGAUCUGACUGUCCACAGUAAGACCCCACAGAACUUCCCUUCAUUCUGAGUACCCAUUGGCAUUAUAUAGUAUUGGAAUUACAGAGGAAAGGUUCUAUUUUUAAUGAUUUAUUUCCAAGUAUUGAGAUCUCACCUGAGAAACACAUGAAAACAAUUGUGUUUUUCUUUUCUCCCUGCCAAUCUGACCCACUGGUGCACAGUGUUUUAACUACUGUCCUAAUGGUAGGAGCUGUAUGCUGUCCCGGAGUUUAGGAGUCUCACACAGAUCAGUACAUGCAAGUCUUCAUUGUGUAUACCCGUUUGUCUCAUAACGGGUAUAGCCAUAAACUUAACAGUUUAUUUUCAGAAAGCUGCCUCACAGUUUGCUUUCUCACAGUUUGCUUUUUAUUCUUCUAGGAAAAAACUUGAAUUCUUCAUGAGAGAUUUUACUUUCUGAGCCAAAUUGCUAUGUUUUCUGUAGAAUUAUGUAGAAUAUCAUUCAAGAGAUACUGCAAUUUGCACUUUCUUGUAAAAGCAAAUCUUUUGGGGCCUUUGAAAUUUUUGCCUAUAUUAUGAAGGUUUUUCAUAGAUUUUGUACCUGAUUAGUACUCUUGGACUAACUGCUCCUAGCAGUGCCUUUGGGAAAAAAGCCAGUCCCUGUAACAGAGGAGCCCCUUUUAAAUAUAAGAAACAACACCUUUGUUUUCUGUUUGCAGUGCUGGAGCUAGAACCUGGGGCCUUGCAUAUGCCAGGCAAAUGCUUUUCCACAAAGCUAAACUCUCAGCCCAAUAAUGUUUUCAUAUAUUGGUAAAUUUCCUCAAGUUGCAGAGGCCAAAACCAGACAGUGUCUUCAAGUGACUGCAGUAAAAGUAAUUUGGUCACAUCAUAAAGGACACUUAUUGGACCUUUUUGUUUGUUUGUUUGUUUGUUUGUUUGUUGAGACAAGGUUUCUCUGUGUAGCCCUAGCUGUCCUGGAAUUUGCUCUGUAGACCAGACUGACCUUAAACUCAGAGAUCUGCCUUCCUCUGCCUCCGAAUGCUGGGAUUAAAGGUGUGCACCAAACCAGCACCUGGUUUAUUGACUUUUUAGUUUGAGACCUUAAAAUUGGAAGUAAGCACAAAUAUCUAAAUUAAGUAUUCCUAUGUCUACUCAUGGUAAUUAUUAAAGGCCACUUUCCUUCAUUACAGUUGCAGAACCUUCAAACCUUACCAGGAAACAUGUUUGCAAAAACAUUAUCUAAAUUGGGUCUUUCUGCUGGGCAUGGUGGUGCACACCUGUAGCCCAAGCACUUGGGAGGCAGAGGUAGGCAGAUCUUUGUGAGUUCAAGGCCAGCCUGGGCUACAGCGUGCGUUCCACGACAGCCAGGGCUGUUAUACAGACAAACACUGUCUCAAAAAACAGAAUAAGAAAGUUGUCCUUUAAAAACCUUUAAGUAGAAAUAAAACGUUUAAGUAGAAAUAAAAACUAGCCUUUCCCUCUUGUCCUUAGGUGGACAAGAGGAGCUGUUACUGGAGCUAACAAUUGAAGAUUAAAUUUGCACUUUAUGAAAAGAACUGCUGAUAUAUUUGUCCUUUAAUCCCUUUUGCAAUACUGUUAGAAUUCAAAAUUAAAACAUUUUGAUAGUUUUCAGUAGUCAAGAGGAAAUCUUCACCUGGA